GGAAUGGAUAAGCCGUGAUGUUACACCUUAAUUACGUUAACAUUUCUUCAUCAUCUCCACCAACAUUUACUCGACACAUGAAUGGGUGCGAGUCUCUUAGUAGUCAGGAUUACGCAUCACUAUCGCGGAAGCGCAGUGUAACGGACGCCUUCCCUGACGACUCGUACGAUCACGAAUCCUACAAGGUUCCCAAAUAUAAAUCCAACCUUUCCACGGACGAACGCUCCUUUGUCGACUUCACCCGAUGCCUUUACCGUGCCAAAGCCGUUGUCAACGACCUUCGUACAUUCAGUGCUGCCGUUUGUCCCGCGCCUCAUAUCGCCUAUCACCACGACCCUCUCCAUCCUCACAGUCAUUACCAUAAUAUGAUCCAUCAGCAAUAUGCGGAAGGCCGUUUCUCCAACUCACUUAUCAGUUCUGAUCAAUUCCUGCGGCAUAUCAACCAAUACAUGUCAGAAAAUUACCACAAAUUUACCCAAAUGUGCAAAUUCCUCCUACUGGUACUUCGAAAACUGGAAUCCACAAGUCCUUUACGGCAGAUCUGUAUCGAUUCGUUUCGAAAAGACAUCUACGACGAACUCAAGGUCGCCAGCGAGAUUUAUGCCGAGUUCACUGCCUGUACUCGAAUGUUGAACGUGGGGCAAUCUUCCUCGUCGUCUUCAUCCUUAUUGGAACAGCAACCCUAUCCAUCGUCAAGUACUGGAGGGGAAGAAGGUCAAUCUCCUAUUGCUUCUCCGGUUACUGAAUCCGAUUUCGAAUGUGAGAUCCAUUCUGAACCGUCCAAUUCGUCUCCUCAGCUGUAGAUUCCCUUUGUAAUAUUUCCCUUCCAUGACCCAUCCUUACGUAUUUUCUUCAUGUAUAUAGUCCCUCCCGCAUCCAUAUAAUUUGCUUAUUUGCCAUUCCUAAUGAAUUGAGAACAUCGUGUUCUAUAGAACAAUGAACAAAUUGUUCUAUAUAC